AUGAACGUAUCCAAGAGAACUUACGACGAUACAAAAGAUUCUGUUGCCACGCAUUUCAUCAACACAUCUACACAUGAUAUUGAAGACGGGGUCAUCGUUCCUGCCAAACGUUUCAGGGAGUCUGGUGGUCAAUUGGAAGAUACCCAUUCUUCACUUUAUCAUAUCCUCAACCUCGACGAAAUCAACAGUAAAGAUAGACGCGACACCAGUUUAACCUUCCGUUAUGCCAUCAAGCCAUGGUUGCAAGGUAAAUUAGCCCCUCUUGGAAUUUUCCUCACCAUUGAACGCUCGGAUACCAAAAAAAUCGUGUUCCGUUGUCGUAACAAGAUCCCAAUCGACGACAUCGACGCCGCCAACGACCCUCAUUUGGCCGAUGAUAGAGAUAUCGUUACCAACACUGCUGGCAGAAAAUUCCGUGGGUGUCCUUUUAAAAUCCGUGCCAACUACUCUAAAAAAUCCGACAAGUGGAAUAUUUCUGUGGUCUGCGACCGUCACAACCACGAACUUGUGCCGCACAAAUCUUUCCAGAGCAGUACUUUAUCACUUAAUAACGUUGGUAAUAAUGGAAGAAUGCAGCCUCAGAGACCAAUGAUGUCGCCAGUAACGGCAGGAGGAGUUCCGGCAGUAUCAGUGAUGCCAUCGGUGACUGCCUCUGGUGCCAUGAAUAAUAAUAAUAAUAAUGUUAUGCCUCAAUCUCAGAUGCAAGUGGGGAACUCUGUACAAAACCUUCAAGCCCAUGAAUUUGCUCGUGUCCCAUACUCUAUUGCUUCUGCUGCUGCAGCAGCGGUUGCAGCUUCUGAAAGGGAUUUGUACCAAGGAUUAUAUAUGCCACAGGCCAGUGGGUACGGUGCUGAUUUGACCAGUUCUGCGGCUGCCAGUGCCGCCGCUUUGACCCGGUUGGUGCAAAUGGCCGAAGGUAACAACAACACAUUAUUGAAAGAUAAAACCGAUGAGUUCAUCAAGUUGGCACACAACGUGGUGUUAGAAAAAAUCAUUAACAGUGCUGAUCGUACUAUGGAACAGAAAACUAGAAUUGUCGAGGAAAUGUUGAAUGGGCUUCAUAAAGUAUUGCAGAAGGAACGCGUGUUAUGA